GACCGCGAAAUGAGCAGAUUUGUUUGUACAUUUUUACAAGGUGUAAACAACUUGAAUUUGGGGUCAAGAUACCUUUCUAUAUCGACUAAAAGACAUGCAGGAAGUGAUUCAACUGUGGAGGCCCCCGCCCGCACAGUGCUGGUGGAGAAGGACUCCCACAUAACCCUUAUUGGCUUGAAUCGCGAACAGCAACGUAACUCCAUUGAUGCCAACACCGCUGAGCAGCUGACCGAAGCCAUUAGCAAGUUCGAGGCGGACGAUUCCUCGCCGGUGGGAGUACUUUACGGAAUUGGUGGCUCUUUCUCCGCUGGAUAUGACCUGGCGGAACUAGAGGCGGAGGCACAGCGCGGCAGCCUCAACUUUCUGUUGCGUCACGAGGGCUCCGUAGGACCAACCAGGCGACACCUUCGUAAGCCCCUCGUCUGUGGCAUCAGCGGUUUUUGUGUGGCUGGCGGAGUGGAACUGGCGCUCCUGUGUGAUUUGCGUGUGAUGGAGGACUCUGCAGUGCUGGGAUUCUUCAACCGGCGCCUAGGAGUGCCUCUAAGCGAUGGCGGAUCAGUCCGUCUUGCUGCCGCCGUUGGCUACUCCAACGCAUUGGACAUUAUAGAAACGGGGAGACGCGUCUACGCAAAGGAGGCCAUGAGGAUGGGCUUGGUGAACCGAGUUGUGGCUACGGGCACUGCCCUUGGACAGGCUGUGAAUCUUGCCUUUUCAAUCGCCAAGUUUCCCAUAGCUUCGCUGAUGCAUGAUCGGAAUGCCUUGCUGGAAAAUGCCAAUGCCUAUAACCGUCCUGGCUUCCAUGCGGCCAGCUACAACGAGAUCAUGAAUGUGGCAUCGGAUAUGAUAACGGAUAUGCAGGAGGGAGUGAAGCGCUUUAAGACCUCUGAGCUGAAAGGAGCCAAAACUGAUUCCUGGCACAUAAAGGAGAAAACCAUUCCAGAUUGGGAAAAGGCAGAAAUCAAUAUUGAAAAUCAAACGCGAAAGAUGUGAUGCAGUCUUUGGAAAU